GCUUUUCCCUCGUCUUCAAUCUUGACUCACCAAUUCCUUUUCUCGCCGACAUUGUGCUCUCUAACUCGACUACUCACAAAACAACUAAAGAUCGGGAGCUGAUUGCGGAGACGUCAUUCACAUUCGCCUUGUCUUAGGGAUUGUACACCUAGCCAUUCGAUUCCAACAAUCCAUUCCAUUCCAUUCGAGUACACUUGAUACAACUCGACACAGCGACACAGCGACACAACUCGACAUAGCUCGAUUUCAAUUGGCCAUAAUGACAGCAUUCAAUGGCACUGACGACUAUCGAGCAUGGAUGUACACUCUGGCCUCGACAAUGGCGUGUGUCUUUGGGGCCGGACUGAUCUUCAUCGACACGAUUGUGAAAGCAGUUUCCGGACAGGACGUCCAAAUACUACAGAACCACAAGUUCUUGGCAGGCUCCCUCGGACUAGGAUCCGGGGUCAUGAUCUUCUCCAGUUUCUACAAUCUACUGCCAGAGGCAAAGGAGCAGUUAUCGUCGGAACUGUCCAUCUUCGCCAAACAUGCGGAUAUGGUCUUGUUGCUGUUCUUCUUUGGAGGUGUUGGAUUUAUGGCCCUUAUCCACUGGAUCAUGCACCGCUUCGAGUCAAGACCCAAUUCACCAGGGAUUGAGAGCAGUGACGCAAUCGAACAGUUCAUGCAGCGCGAGGCCGGUCAACAGUCGCCCCCAUCUUCCUUGCCUCAACACCGUCAUGCCUACUCAAGGGCUAAAGCAGCAGUACCCAAUGGAACGUAUUCUGGCACCGGCAACACAUCCGCAGCUCCAGCAUCGACUGCGCGUGUUUGCGAGGGUUGCGUUCAGGAGGAGAGCGACGAGGCAGACGAGGAAGUACGCUAUGACGAUUCAGAGUACGUUGACGAUGAGGUGGCGUCUCUGUUGAACAACGCAUUCCUUCAAAUCGGCAAGACUCCCAACAGCCGCAUGGAUGAUGGCACACCACACAUGGAGCGCCACCAUAACAGGAACGGAGAUCGAGAUUAUAAGGGGACCUGCGACGACGAUGCAGAGAGCAUAGAGGUCGUGAUUGAUGACCAAAAAGACAAGAUCUUGCGACGUGCACCUCUGGAUCAUAGCGAUCACGAUCUAGACCUGGACUUUGAUGAUUUAGAUAUUCAUGGGGGGCUACUGAAAUCAAGCACGGACUCCUUGUCUUCGGCAUCGACGCACUCCCAGAAACCGUUCGCGCCUGUCAAUAAGAGAAGGAAGUCGGGCAAUGCACACAAGGUCAAGGGACGCAAGCACGCAAAGGACUGUCCCAAGGAAUAUUCAUCAAUGAACGGUAAAAACCACGCUGCCGAACAUGCUGGCAAGUCACACCCUACACAGAAUCAUCAUCAUCAGCAGCAGCAACCGCGCUCGGGUGGUAUCAACACCAUGUCGACAUAUGGUGCUGUUUCUCCACCAAACAAUCGGCACUAUUCUGGAUCAUUACCCUCGUUCCCUCGUCCUGAGCAAGGAGCACAUCUUCGCCGUACUUCUUUCCCGCGGUUGAAGGGUGCGAGCACGAUCUACUCAAAGCAUGAUGUCCUUGACCAUGCUGGAGCUGACGACCGCGAACACGCUGAUUUGACAGAGGUUGGAAUUCAGACUGCCCUCACUAUCGCUAUUCACAAGUUCCCAGAGGGGUUGAUUACAUUUCUAUCAACGACUGCAGAUCCCUGCCUGGGCUUCUCUGUGUUCAUGGCGAUCGCGGUUCACAAUCUGAUCGAGGGCUAUUUGAUUGCGUUCCCGCUCUACAUCGGACUCCACUCUCGGACAAAGGCAUUCGCCCUCGCCGCAGCCUUGGGUGGACUUUCACAACCAUUGGGCGCAGUAUUGGGCUGGUUUAUUCUCCACAAGGUGGAGAGUAUGGGGUGGCAGGUCUCAGCAACAGGAUGUAUUUAUGCCAUGGUGGCAGGCAUGAUGUCGUCCAUCGCCGUCAACGGAAUGUGGCCCCAGGCUAUCAAGUGCGUAGGCAGGAGCAAAACCAAGGUCGUGCAGUAUAGUUUCUUUGGAGGCAUUGCUGCCAUCGGCAUCUGCCAGGCUGCCAUGGGUACCAAGUGCGACCUCUAAGCCCCAGUGGUUAACUUUACAUACUUUUUAUCUUCGUUGUCGUUGUUUUUGUUGUUUUUGUUC